GUGCUCCGGCCACCGCAUAUCUUUUAGGGUUUCUCUGCAGACCUCAUUCCCUUCCCUUCCCUUCCCCCCCUCCUCCCUUGCGCUUCGUCGGUGCUGUGCCGAUGGAGUUCGAUGCCCUCCGAUCCCCGCCGGACUUCGAAUUCCGGGAGAAGCUCGUGUUCCCCCGCUCCCUCCCCCCCGCCCCCGCCCCCGCCGCCCUCGCUCCCCCCGACCUCGACCCCCCCGACUCCCCGGCCUCCGCCGCCUCCACCACCGACGUCUCCAUCGCCAGCGGCCCCGAAUCACCGGGCAAUGCCGGGCCCGACGGCGAGCUCCCCGUCGAGCGCGAAAUGCCGUGGAGCCCCACCGCAGCUGGCGGCGGCGGCGGGGGGUCACGCGAGUUGAUCCUCGGGCCGCAUGCCGGCGUCGGCUCGGGCGGUUCGCCGGCGGCGGCGGCGGCGGCGGCGGUCGGCGGUCAGGAGGAGCCGGGGGCUGAGGCGGGAUCGAACGUGCUCCGCGCGCCGGGGAGCGCGCCCCCCGAGUCAAGCGCCGCGGUGAAGCUGCAGAAGGUGUAUCGGAGCUACCGCACGCGGCGGAGGUUGGCGGACUCCGCCGUUGUGGCCGAGGAGCUGUGGUGGCAAGCACUGGAUUUCGUGAGAUUGAAUCGCAGUACCAUCUCUUUCUUCAAUUUCCCCGAAAGUGCUGCCUCGAGGUGGACUCGUGUCGGCCUAAAUGCUGCCAAGGUGGGAAAGGGUUUGUCCAAAGACGCUAAAGCACAAAAAUUGGCUUUUCAGCAUUGGAUCGAAGCUAUUGAUCCCCGGCACCGCUACGGGCAUAGCCUGCACCUGUACUAUGAAGAAUGGUGCAAAGCCGAAUCAGGACAACCGUUCUUUUACUGGUUGGAUAUAGGAGAUGGCAAAGAGCUUGAUCUUAAAGAGUGCCCAAGAUCAAAACUCCGACAGCAGUGCAUUAAGUACCUUGGACCCCAAGAGAGAGAAAGCUAUGAGUAUGUUGUCAUCAAGGGGAAGAUCAUCCACAAACAAUCUGGAGAAUUCCUUCAUACAAAGAAAGGUUCAGAAGGUGCUAAAUGGAUAUUUGUGAUGAGUACUUCAAAAAAGUUAUACGCUGGUGAGAAAAAGAAAGGAGUAUUUCAUCAUUCCAGCUUUCUGGCUGGAGGAGCCACUAUAGCGGCUGGAAGGUUGGUAGCAGAGCAUGGAGUACUUAAGUCCAUCUCUGCUUAUAGUGGACAUUACCGACCAACUGAAGAUAGACUUGACAGCUUCUUAUCCUUUCUGAAGGAAAAUGGAGUCAACCUGGAAGAAGUCGAGAUACGUAAGGCCAGUGAAGAUUCUGAUACGUACGAAGAUAACAAACCAAGAGUAAGGGGAAGUUUGGUUGAAACUUCAGGAACCUCAGAACUUUCCCAACCUGAAAUUCCAAAAGAAGAGAUGGAGAGCGAAUCUAUUGAGUUGACAGAAGCCACUGCCCCUCAAGAAAAAAUCAAUUACAAGAGGACCUUGUCUGGGGGUCUACAAAGCCCUAGAGCCGAGGUACCCAAGAAGGCAAUCUUGCAAAGAAUAAAUUCCAAGAGUGUGGCGAGAUCGUAUCAACUGGGGCAUCAACUCUCGCUCAAAUGGUCAACAGGUGCUGGUCCUAGAAUUGGAUGUGUUGCCGACUACCCAUUAGAACUAAGGCAGCAGGCACUGGAGUUCGUUAACCUUUCUCCUAGACGUCCGCCUACUCCUUCGACCUAUCGGGAUAUCACCAUUCUCUCCCCCUCGGGCCUUUGUCCCUCUGCAUGAUCUAGCAAUGUCUGUGGAUCCUCUCCCCAAACCGGAAUAAUCAUUAGCUCUCCUGCAGUAUUGGAGGUUAUUGUGGAUGGAAAUGUCUCUCUCCAUACUACGCCGAUCCUCGCCUAAGUGCUUAUAGCAUUAUAGUACUUACGCUCAAUUGUCUGGUAAUCACUGCUCAUCCACUAUGAGUAUUGUGAAGUUUUAAGUGCUCCAACAUUCGUCUCUGAUGGCGAGGUGGCAUAUUUAUAGCCUGAGACUUAGUAUCAUGUGAUCAAGGUGACAUGACUUGGUUUUCAUCCUGAAAUCAUUGUAACUUUGAUGCGCAUACCACUAUUUUCUUCUAAUGUAAUUGUCAGGCCAAAAAUAUCUCUUCGCACA